AAACGGGGCGUGCACACUGCAGACUUACAACGGCGGGAAAUUUUCCGCUCGCUCCCGCCGCCGCUCUCCCGUGUAUAUCCCAGUCGCCUGCGACCUCCGUUCCUCUUUCCCAGUCGCCCCCCAGUCCAUCACCACUUCUCCAUUCCUCUUUCCCAGUGCCCCCAGUCCAUCACCACAUCCGUUCAAAUGGGCCGCAACCGCAAGGGCCGCAAGGCUAGGGUUUCGCACGACGCCGACGCCGACGCCGACGCCGAUGGCAGCGAGGAUGAGAGGGCCACCACUGCGGGCAGGAGCCUCUACGAGAUUCUAGGAGUUGAGAAGACCGCUUCUCAACAAGAAAUAAAGAAGGCGUAUCACAAAUUGGCUCUGCGCCUCCACCCAGAUAAGAAUCCUGGGGAUGAGGAAGCCAAAGAGAAGUUUCAGCAGCUGCAGAAGGUUAUAUCCAUUCUUGGAGAUGUAGAGAAAAGAGCUUUAUAUGAUGAGACUGGCAUCACUGAUGAUGAUGCACUGGUGGGAGAAGCUGCAAACAAUCUUCAGGAGUACUUCAGAACAAUGUACAAGAAAGUCACGGAGGCUGACAUUGAAGAAUUUGAAGCUAAAUAUAGAGGGUCAGAUUCUGAGAAAACGGACUUGAAGGAACUCUACACAAAAUAUAAGGGCAACAUGAACAGGCUUUUCUGCGCAAUGAUUUGCUCAGAACCAAAGCUUGAUUCUCACCGCUUCAAGGAUAUAAUUGACGAGGCGAUUGGUGAAGGUGAGCUGAAGUCAACUAAGGUGUAUGAGAAAUGGGCUAAAAAGAUCUCAGGGAUGGAGCCACCAACAAAUCCGCUAGAGAGGAGAGUGAACGCAGGGCUGAGCGGAAAAAACAGUUCAACUCCAUCCUCUCGAACAUCAUGUCCAAGUGUGACUCCAAGGCGAGCAGCUCGGAGCCCACGGAAGAAGAGUUUGAGCAGGCGCAACAGAGGCUGGAGAGCAGAAGGGCCAAGAGGCGCAAGUGAUGCUGCUGCCAGCCUUCUUGCCCUAUGCUGAACAUUGUCUGAAGCUUUUGGUGUGACCUGAUUUUACCAGCAUGCAAGUGAUGUUUCUAAGACCCAGCUCAGUUUGAGCGUGUCAGGGUGGGGUGUGUGUCAUAUCUCUUGUCCUCUCACGAUACACUAUGUCGUAUGGUUAUCGGCUUAUCACCUUGCCGAGAGGGAAGCUCUAUCUGAACUUUUAAUUCCGUAGCAUUUGGCAAGUACUAGUAGAUUGCAAUGUAAUGUUUAUUCUACGGUGAGCUGCCUGCCAGAAGCUGGUCCCACAUGCAAGGGUCCUUAAUUAUUAUCCAGUUUGAGAAUGCAGUUUAUUGAUUCUCGAUGGA